GGAAGUAUAAGCCUUUCCUUGGAUCUGCUCAGGAAGUAAAUGCCCAGAGAGUCUUCAAAGGAAGACAGUCAUAGCUGUUUUUCUUCAGUAAAUGCUAAGAAGAAGGCUUUCAUCCCUGUGAGCCACCUGAUCCUUGAUGUGAUUUGGCAGAAAGUACAAUAUGUACAAAAUGAUAUUGGGAGUUAACGCCUGUGUAGAACUCUCCAGGAAAUGUUCCUGAGUUUUAAUACAGUGGUGUCUUCUUACCCAGGAAAAUACUACAAAUAAUUUGCAAAGCACAGACAAUUAACAAGAGUUUUGAAGACAAUAUUGUCUCACUUGAUUUUCACUCAAUUUUUCACCCAAGUCUUUCUAUGUCUGCUCUUAAUAAAGCCCUGAAAACCACUGAGGAAGUGGCCCUUCAAAUCAUCUUGCUUUGCCAGGUUGGUAUUGCAGCUGUGGCCAACAUUCUUCUGCUUGUCCAUAAUUUAUCUCCUAACUUUGCUGGCCCUCAACUGAGACCAAAACAUGUCAUUCUUGCCCACAUUGCUGUGGGCAAUCUCUUGAUUAUCCUCCUCACUGGGUUUCCAAGCAAUAUGACAGUUUUUGUUCCAAGGAAUCCUCUGAAUAACCUCAACUGUAAGCUUGAGUACUUCAUUCGUCUGGUGGCUCGAAGUGCAAACAUGUGUACUACUUGUGUCCUGAGCACUUACCAGUUUAUCGUUCUUGUUCCUGGUAAAUGGAGUAGAGUGAUACUCAGAGGAAAUACCUCGACAUUUGUGCACUAUUCUUGUAAUAGUUGUUGGAUUAUCAGUGUCUUAAAUAAUGUCUACAUCCCUAUAAAAAUCAGUGGUCCAUGGAACACAGACAAUGACACUGACCCGAACAGCAAAUGGGUAUGUUCUAACUCUGGUUUUGAGUUAGUCAUGGUCUUCUUACGAUUUGUCCACGAUGCCAUAUUCAUCAGCAUCAUGGUAUGGACCAGUGUUUCCAUGAUGCUUCUCUUGUAUAGACAUCACCAAAGCCUGAAACACAUUCACAGGUCCAAUGGGAGCCUGGGACUUCAACCAGAGGCCAGAGCAGCAUACACAAUUCUCAUGCUGGUGAUCACAUUUGUAUGCUUUUAUCUUCUCGAUUGUAUUUGUAUUUUCUUUCACAUUUCUUUUGUGCAUUUUCGUGUAUGGUUGAGGCAUGUCAGUGGAAUUUGGGCUGCAAGUUUCCCCACCAUUUCUCCCUUAAUGUUGAUCUUUAGGGGUCCUAAAAAAAUAUCAGCCAAAGGGAUAAACACAGAAAAUGCUUUUAUUAACAGUCACUGAUACUCAAUAAACCUGGGUAGAAUAUCUGUA